GGGUCAGGUGACCUCCCCUCCCCAGGCCGCAGUAGCCUGGCCCUCUGGGUAGACCUCUCACCAGUGCUGUAGUGGACAGUGACUUCUUCACACUGAGACCCUGGGAAAGGCCUUUGCAGUCAGUAGGCACUGAAAGAGAAGACUGCUUUCUGCUGGACCCUCUCUUCCACACACUCUCCACCACCCCACCGACCCCACCGGGAAGGAGGCGCUGGGACCCCGCCGAGAGCCCACGGCUGGGAAGACAACUAUGCUAUGACAACAGAAAAGGCCAGGGAGAAAACCGAGGACCUGACAGCCCUGUCUUCUGUUCUGCAGCUGCUACUUCUACAUCAGGCCAUGGUUGUGCAGAACAGUGCAGAUGCCGGGGACGCCGGUGUAAGAGUGCAACUGGAGCCCUUCCUGCACCAGGUUGGGGGGCACCUGAGUGUGAUGAAGUAUGACGAGGACACUGUUUGCAAGCCCCUCGUCUCCCGGGAGCAGAGGUUCUACGAAUCCCUGCCCCUAGCCAUGAAGCAGUUCACCCCGCAGUACAAAGGGACCAUCACGGUGCACCUCCAAAAAGACAGCCUUGGCCAUCUCAGCCUGGUUGCCAUCCCACUGAAGGAGAACCAGGAGCCCUUCAAGGUCUCCACAGAGUCGGCAGCCGUGGCAAUAUGGCAGACGCUCCAGCAGACCACCACCAGCAGUGGCGGCACCCGUCCCCUCUCCCAGUGGCAGCACGCUCAGCUGACACACUCGCUCAAGGAGAGCCCGGCCACAGCUCUCCUGAGGUCCGAGUUCCACCUCAGCACCCACGUGACCUCCCUGUUGGAAGAUGCUAAUGGGAACCAGGCCGAGAGGAGGAGCUUUAACCCGUGGGGCCUGCACUGCCACCAGGCCCACCUGACCCGCCUGUGCACAGAGUACCCGGAGAACAAGCGGCACCGGUUCUUGUUGCUAGAAAACGUCGUGUCACAGUACAAGCAUCCCUGUAUCCUGGACCUGAAGAUGGGGACCCGGCAGCAUGGAGAUGACGCGUCUGAGGAGAAGAAGGCCCGGCACAUGAUGAAGUGCGCACAGAGCACCUCAGCCUGCCUGGGCGUGCGUAUCUGCGGCAUGCAGGUUUAUCAAACUGAUAAAAAGCACUUUCUCUGCAAAGACAAGUACUAUGGAAGGAAACUCUCAGUCGAGGGGUUCAGACAAGCCCUCUAUCAGUUCCUACACAAUGGAACCUGCCUCCGGACAGAGCUGCUGGAGCCCAUCCAGCGCCAGCUCCGGGCCCUCCUCUCGGUCAUCAGGAGCCAGAGCUCGUACCGGUUCUACUCCAGCUCUCUCCUCAUCAUCUACGACGGGCAGGAGCAACUAGAAGGAAACCUGGGCGGCCCGCACCCUCGAGAGGCUCCGCAGAUAGCCCACGGCAGCUCUCCUGGAAGUCUCACCAAGGUGGACAUCCGGAUGAUCGACUUUGCUCACACGACAUACAGAGGCUCCUGGAAUGAGCACACCACCUAUGACGGACCAGAUCCGGGCUAUAUUUUUGGCCUGGAAAACCUCAUCCAGAUCCUGCGGGAUAUCCAGGAGGGAGAAUGAGACAUGUUGGGCCCAUCCAGAUUCUUCUGGAGUCUGGAUCUUAAAAGGGACCUAUUGGUAGCAAGGGUCAUCUAGAUACCCCUUAAAUGUCUUUGUAAUAAUCACAUUUCGUAUAAAAGCCAUCACUGUACAUGGCAAGCUAUGUUAAUAGCUGCUAAAGAAACCAGCACUGGAGAUAAUUCACACAGCUGGCAUCUGGUGCUAACACCAGUCUUCACAGACUGGACAAUCAGUUCGAAAUGGCACCACCAUGGAAUUCACUGGGGGCGUGCAGCGUAAGCUACAGACCAGCAUUACAGUAAGAAUCUGGAGUAUUUGCAUUUAAAAAUGCUUUCUUGUUGUCAUGCUACAGUCCUUACAAGUUGAGAGGCAAAAAAAAAACUUACUUGAAAAAGUCUUGAAGAGUGAGUUCAUAGUUCAUGGGUUUCGCUUGCAGGGGGUGCCCAUUCCUGCGGGCAGACAGAGCUAAUGCACGCCUCUUACCUUCCUAGGAGGCACUGUAAGAGGGGCAGGAUGAAGUGGGACAGAUCUGCCCAUCUCACCAGCUUGUUCCCAGCUUGUUCUGAAUGGACAAGGACAAUCCCAGACACAGCACUGGGAAACCAACACCUCAGGUUCUCCAUUUUUGCCUGUGGAGAGAAGGGUCUCUUUACAGACUUCCAAGUACCUACUGGAAGCAAUGAUUCUGCCAGAAUCUGACCACGAAAUGGCUCUGAUUCUGACUGUGAAAUGCAGCUUCCAGUGGUGGUGAAAUGUGCAUGAGGAGCCACUGAUGUUAAACUACACCCUCAGCUUUCUACUUAUUUAUUGGGGGUGGGGGGUGGAGGGAAGGGUGUCAGAAGGGAAGAGCCUGGAGGACCAAGGAAACCAGGCGCAAUGUUUACAAGACCAGUGGACAAGUGUAAAUAUGGAACAAAGAGCAAACAGUUCUAAUUAAUUCCUUCUUCUGCAGUGUGGAAACCUAUUACAAUGCCCUUGAGUCAAGCACUGAGAUUCGUUACCCAAUUAGGGAAAUAAAUUUGUUAAUAAAAUUGCUGAGGUCGCCAGUGAUUAUUUGGUGGACUUUAUUACCCUUUCUGUUUACUUAUUCUAAUCAUCACACUGUAUAGUAGCUCCAAUUUAUGGGUGACUAGAGUAUAUAGCAAGAACAGUUCACCAGUUUCCUACAGUCCUUUGGGGAACCCAGUAGGAAAUGGUGGCUAAUAAAAAAUUUGCAUGUAUCUACAAGGCAGGCACCAGACCUGAGAAGUAAGUGGUCCUUUCAUUUGAACCUCAUACAAUGCAAAACUAAGUAAUUUCUGAAUUCUCAGAAUUCUCAUCAACGUUCCAAAAUCCACACUAAUAAAGAAUA